AUACGUCAUCACUGCUCUAGCGCGUCACAGGUUGCGACGCACGUUGCCUGUUACUUGUUUAGCAAUUAGCAAUUAGCAGCGAGCUCAGCGCACCUUCCCAUGGCGAAUGGCUGCGAAGACACGUUGUUUACCCGCGGAUCUGCUCAGAGUGAUGACUCUGACAUCUGGGAUGACACAGCACUCAUUAAGGCUUAUGACAAGGCAGUAGCAUCCUUCAAGACUGCCCUUAAAGGUGAAGAUGAGCCACAAGCGUCAAAGAAAGACCAACCAGGGAAAAAACGCAAAAACAACAAAAAGAACCAGAGCAGGAAAAGGACCAACGCACCGCCAGAUAAAGAAUGGCAGGUCGGGGACUCGUGCUGUGCUUACUGGUCAGAGGAUGGUCAGCUCUAUGCAGCCACAAUCUCCUCUAUAGACGAGAAGAGUGCCACCUGUACGGUUGUUUAUACAGACUACGGCAACCAGGAGGAGCAGAAACUUGAAGACCUGCUAGCAGAGAUUUCAGAGGGUGAUGAGGAAACAAAUGUCAAGGUAAAUGAGGCGGAAUCAUCAACAGAGGGGAGUGAGUCCUCCACACCAAACCGACACAAACAACAGACACACAGUAAAGCCCAGAAGUCCAAGGCCCCCAAAGAACCUCCUCCUAUGUGGGCUCCCGGCUUCCCCGGGUUUCCUCCAGGUCCACCCCCCAUGCAUGCUUUCAAACAGAAGGGAACCAGGCGAUCUGGUGAUCAUGGACCUGUACCUCCUCCCUGGCCUCCCAUGAUGCCGUUUGGUCCACCAAUGAUCCCUCCACCUCCACCCAUGAGCCCCGACAUGGUGGAUGAUGAGGCCUUGGGCAGCGUGCUCAUCUCCUGGUACAUGAGUGGAUAUCACACAGGAUACUACCUGGGUUUGAAACAAGGUCGCAAAGAAGCUGCCAACUGGACAAAACUGCACCACAAAUGAAAUGAUCAAGGCAAGAUUUCAUUCUUGUGUCAAAAAGAAACUUCAUGAGUUAAGUGUACUUGCUGUGAAAAGAUUGUUCACCACAGUUCAAGGACCAGAGUUUUGUAUUCUUUGUAAAUAGAUCAAAUAAAAGCUAUCAGAGCAGCAUUGGUAA